UGCCUUGCUCCUGUUCAACAUCUGAACGGUGGAAUGGUGUAUUCACCAGACCCCAGCCAAUGGUUAUCUAUUACCUGGAGUCAUAUGGUCCUAUACAGUCCACAUUUAUUGCUAUAGAUCAUGUUGAAAUGGACAAAAACAAAAGUGGUGCACAAAUAUCGGUACUCGUAUAGCCAAGUUGUCUCGGCUGAUUUGAUAGUGGCACUCUUGACAAUUGCAAGUCGGGUUCCCCGCGGGGGUGGCAGUGUAAUAUGUUUAAUGUACACACUGCAUAGACGCCUCAAGGUACAGCAACACGCCCCAAUACGUACGGAAUGUCAUACGAAUGGUAUUCAGACAUAUAAAGCACGACGUUCCGUCUUCUUCUACCCAGUCUCCUUCUAUAGCUCUUGUAAAUCACCGAAAUCGAAAUUCGCAUUUGCUUGGGGUAUCAUGGAUCUAGACCUGAUUAGCGACGCGACUGAGGUGCGCGAUACCAAUUAUGUGGCAUUUGUCGGCUUCACUAUCAUGAUAUGGGACCAUUUGGAUACCUUCACGACCGAGGUGGAAUAUGUCUGGCCUCGAGUUGGAGAGAAAAAGCCAAUCGUGUAUCUUUUCUUAAUUAAUCGGUAUCUGAUACCACUAGGUUUCAUUGUCAAUCUAUUCGCCUACCUUCGUAUAGACCAAGAGACGUGCCAGCAUUUUGUCCGUUAUGAAGGUGCAAUGACUAUGAUCGGUAUCAACAUCGUAGGACUAAUGAUGCUUAUUCGGAUAUAUGCAUUGUAUAGAAAUCAAAAGUUCAUUGUAGCAGGCGUUGCAGUGUUGCUACUGAUCGAAAUGGGAACCUACGCUUGGUUAAUGUCUACCGGAAAGCCGGUGCAACACCACCCGAAUAUAAUCUCCUGUACAAUGAUAUUCGGAGAAAAAAAUUCUAUCGCAACAUCGUCAUCUGCUUGGCUUCCCCUAUUAUAUGACACAGUUGUACUCGGCCUCACUCUUGGAGCUACAAUACCGUCUGUCCGCGAUGCCCGAGGAUCAACUACUGUAUAUGUGAUGAGGCGACUAUUGCAAGAUGGCUUGAUUUAUUUCGGUGUAAUUUUUGCGGUAAACUUGGUGUUGUCUCUGAUGAUUGCCGUCGCGGACUCAGGCCUUAAAAAUAUCACUGCACAACUUGAAUUAUUGGUCACUGUCACCAUGAUGUCUCGAAUAACUCUUAAUCUAAUGCAAUCGCCCGACAAGCAUCAGGAUCACAUUGAAGUAUUCCCGCUGAGCUCUGUGCAUUCAAGGGCGUAUCAGUCGAAUACAGAUAAUCAUUCGGGCGAAGCCUGGCGGCCAUAUUCUUUAUCCCUCCCCGCUCCUUUGGUAAAUCCUCCAUCGAUACGUACUCCAACCUCAGGAAAGGGGAGGGAUCAGGACUACGGGGCCCCAGUAGACGAUAUCGAGUUUGAGAGAAGGAGCCUUGCGUUUAGCUCUCAUCCAUAUGCAAUGACACGACCCCUCUAUGAUUAGUGUGGGACACAAAUGAUGCAUCGCAAAGGUUCUGAAACCUUUUUCCUCUUUU